UUGAUUGCGCCGAUUUCAUAGUUGACGUCUGCAGAAGAGAUCAAAUACAAACGAUCCUCGAUUUAACAAUAGAUAAUAUCACUAAGAUAGCAACUUUGCGAAGUACUUAAAACUCCCUAUUAAGAUGUCAAGAUGAGCAACCCCUUGAACGCCAAAGAAUUACUCAUUCGCGCCGUAGAAUGCGACCAAAAAGCUCGAAUUCUCGAGGCGCAGACCCUCUACACGGAGGGGAUCGCUCAGUUAAUGCAAUUCGUAAACGGGGAGCCGGAUGAAACGAAGCGGAAAGGAUACCUGACCAGGAUCAAGGAAUAUAUGGAUCGGGCCGAUGCGAUUAAAGCGCGGGUAAACGGCAAACUGAUGCUCGGUCAGGUGGUUUCCCAUGUUUCCAUCGAUGAGAACGACACGGGCUUCGACUACGACCAGCUCUUCGGCAAAUACAUGGAUGAUAAGACCGUGGAGAUCAUGGUGGAGGAGCCCUACAUGACGCAGAACUAUCAGUAUCAAAACCUUGUGAGAUUCUUGGAGCUGGCUGUCACCAACUGCCCCAAUCUAAAGUAUUUUCGCCUGAUUACCAAAGAGUAUCAGGAUUCAAAGAACCCCGAUCAACAAAGAACAAACCUGGGACAGAUCAAAGCAGAUUUGGAGCGGAGGAAUAUUAGUGUCUGUAUCAAAUACGAAGACACUUUGCACGACCGCAAAAUCUACUUGAGCAAUGGCUACAUUAUCAAAAUUGGCCGAGGGCUGCACUUUUACAAGGCCGCCAAUCCCAUGUAUUCCAUUGGCCUGGUCAACUAUAAAUUCCGGAAAUGCCUGCAAACGGAUGUGGAUAUUUGGCGCAACAGCACCGCCGACUCCUGAAGCACACACAAGACAAUAAUGCCUAGCUUAAAGUGAUACAGCUUCUUUUAUACAUUCUUUUGGUAUUUUUAUAAAGACUUAUUUCUUCCAA